AUGCAGGACCAGUGCAAAGAUGCGGACCAAUGUGGUACCUUAAAGUUCGCCGGACACUGCACGUUUCAUGCGCCUCAGCAUCACUCAACUCCAACCCAAGCACUGAUGGACGAGAUUAUAGCCACGGAUGCAGUACAUAAGCCACCAGUCGUACAACACGUUUGUGCGUACUGGUGUAAUGCAGUCACCGUAUAG